AUGGAAAAUAACACUUCUGGCAUCGGCAAACGACGGUUAAGGCAAAACAAUGUGGGUGACGAAUUUCCAGCGGUUAAAAAGGGCCAUUUGGGGGCUCAGAAAUCGAACACAAUUGGUGAACAACCUGAACACGAGGAUGCUGGCUCAGUGGUAGACCUGAAGGAGAACGCUAACCAAGAUGGUUUAAAAACUGUACAGGAGAUCGAUGAAAUGCGUCUUUUGGCCAGGGAGCGGUAUUUGAAGGACCGUGAAAUAUUGAAGCUGCAAGUUUUAGAGCAGGAACUGGCCCUGCAAGAAGAAGAGGCGUUGGCCCGUGGUUGGGACAAUUGCAGUCAAGCUGAACGGGAAGAGAUAAUGGUGAAACGAGAAUUGGUAGCACUGGUCCAAGACCGUAAAAUUCAGGACGAGGACAAUGGAUUCAGGCUCCCAAGUGAUUAUGUCGACGAGGAAGGACGGAUAGACUCGGACAGGAAAAAACAGCUUCUAAGGACAAAAGAGGCCCCCAGAUCAGGAAAGAAUCAUAUUCAGCAGCGGCUCUGGGAGGACCAACAGCUUAAAAAUGCUGUUCAGGCGUCGGGCCAAACAGAUGAAAUUCACGUCGAAGGGUCCGAGAAUUACGAUUUUGUAUUUGACGAGGAGGCUAUGGUGGAGUUCACUGCUGAGGACGAAGAUAGCGCACUUCCAGACACCCAAAGCGGCUAUGAUGAAAAGUUGGCCAAGGAGCUUGAUCGAGAACACGAAAGGCUGCAAACUAUCCAGGAUACGCGGAAAAGUCUGCCCGUGUACAAAUUUCGAAGUUCAUUGAUCGAAGCCAUUCGAGAGCACCAGGUCCUUAUUGUAGUGGGGGAAACGGGCUCUGGUAAAACCACUCAGCUUCCUCAGUAUUUGGUGGAAGAAGGCUUCACACAGGAUGGUAAAUUUCAAAUAGCAUGCACACAGCCACGACGAGUGGCCGCUACAUCGGUUGCGGCAAGAGUUGCAGAUGAAAUGAACGUUAUUCUGGGGAGAGAAGUGGGAUAUUCUAUCAGAUUUGACGAUAAAACAACCCCGGACACCACAAUUCUCAAGUACCUGACCGACGGUAUGCUUCUGCGAGAGUUUAUGACAGACCCAGAAUUAAACAAGUACGCAUGCAUUAUCAUCGACGAAGCUCACGAGCGAACGCUAUCAACGGACGUGCUGUUGGGUCUCUUGAAAGACAUCUUACCUCAUAGAAAAGAUCUCAAACUAAUAAUCUCUUCUGCAACCAUGAACGCCGCUAAGUUUGCUGACUUUUUUUACAACGCUCCGAUUUUUAAUGUUCCGGGUCGACGCUUCCCAGUUGAUAUUCACUACACCUUACAGCCAGAAGCGAAUUAUCUGAACGCCGCUGUGACGACGAUUUUUCAGAUUCAUACUACCCAGCCGCUGCCUGGCGAUAUUCUCGUAUUUCUCACUGGGCAAGAGGAAAUAGAAGCAGCUCAGCAAAGCCUUGAAGAAAUAGCACAUGUCUUGGGCUCCAAAAUCAAGCCACUCAUAAUCGCUCCGAUUUACGCCAACUUACCUCAGGAUCAGCAAUCCAAAAUAUUCGAGCCCACCCCAAAGAAUUGUCGAAAAGUGGUACUGGCUACGAAUAUCGCAGAGACUUCCUUAACCAUAAACGGAAUUAAGUAUGUUAUCGACCCAGGAUUUGUCAAGGAAAAUUCCUACGUUCCAUCUACGGGCAUGUCUCAGCUGUUGACAGUGCCCUGUUCACGAGCAUCGGUGGAUCAGCGAGCAGGUAGAGCGGGUCGUGUAGGACCUGGUAAAUGUUUUCGAAUAUUCACGAAGUGGUCUUACUUCCACGAACUUGAAUUGUUGCCCAAACCAGAAAUCCUGCGUACCAACUUAUCUCAGGUCGUCUUACUUUUGAUGUCAUUGGGCGUCACGGACUUGCUAGAUUUCCCACUACUGGAUAAGCCUGGUAUACCGGCAUUGAGCAAAGCUCUAGAGAAUAUUUAUACGCUGGGUGCACUGAACAGUAAAGGCGCCAUCACAAGACUGGGAAGAAUGAUGUGCGAAUUUCCAUGUGAGCCCGAAUUUGGUAAAGUCUUGCAUACUGCGGCCACUCACGAUGCUUGCAAAGGCUGUUUGGAAGAGGCCGUUACAAUCGUUGCUAUGCUUCAUGAGACCGCUUCUCUCUUUGUUCAUAGUAAGAGUGACCGGGACCAGAAUAAGAGUGGCAUAAUUGGUAAAGUGUCAAGCGACCACAUGCUUUACUUGGAGACGUAUAAUAGUUGGAGGGAUAUGAAUUACUCAAGGUCAUGGUGUAUCGAUCACAAGGUUCAGUAUAAAACGCUAUUAAGAGUUCGCAACAUACGAGAUCAAUUAUGGCGCUGCUGUGAUACUUUAGGGCUGGUAGCUUUGAAUGAGCAGGCUGCAAAAGUCAUCAACAGCUCGGACAGGAUUGAACACCGGAUAAUCAAAAGCUUCAUUUCAGGGUUUCCAACGAAUAUCGCAAAAUUGGGGACUUCGGGAUACCAAACGAUGGGAGCGCGCCAGGGUGGAGUCAACGUGAGUGUCCACCCUACGAGUACGAUAUUCCAGUCUUUGAGAAAGGACAUGGCCAAGCCGCCAAAAUAUUUGCUCUACCAAAGGUUGGUGCUGACUUCAAAGGAGUUCAUGAGAGACUGUCUACCGAUUCCACGCGAAGACUGGCUUCAUGAAAUAGUGCCGCAUUAUUUCAGCUCUGCUGGUAGCCAGAAAAAUUAG